UGCCCUGCGCACAGCCAUGCACCCUGCCGGGGCGCUGCUGGCCAUCUGUGGCCUGGUCCUGAGCGCCACAGGGAACCCUUCACAAGAUUUUUGUUCCCAGAUUCUUAACUCAGGUGUAAAACCAGGAUUUCCCAAGACCAUCAAGACCAAUGACCCAGACGUCCUCAGGGCGGCCAGACACAGCGCCGAGAGCUUCAACAACUGCAGCAACGACGCCUUCCUGUUCCGGGAGUCACACGUCAGCAGAGCCCUCAUCCAGGUAGUGAAGGGCCUGAAGUUCAUGCUGGACUUGGACAUCGGCAGAACUACCUGCAAGAAGACCGGGCACAGGAGCCUGGACGACUGUGACUUCCAGACCAACCACACCCUGAAGCGGACCCUCAGCUGCUACUCUGAAGUCUGGGUCGUCCCCUGGCUCCGGAUCGUCGAGGUGCCCGUCCUCCACUGUCACUGACUCCCGCCUCCCAGCUCCAUCCCUGCUGUCACCAGCCCCCCUCCGGCCCUCGCCCCCUCAGAUACAGCAUCUCCUGAGAGCAGAAUGACAGAGCCCCAUCGUUGCUGGGAUGGGAGAGCGACCUGCCCCACGGCUGGAUGAAACACAUCACAUCUCCUCCUAAACUAGUCUCCCUGACACUGUGCACCUAGAUUCAGGGUCUGCACAGACGGGGUGAGUCCUCCGAUGGGGAUUAUUCGGGUUCUCAACCCCGAGGGGCCCUCCCACCUGACUGCCCCAAGGUCCCAGGCCCACAAGGAAAGCCCAGAGGGCCAUCUUUCCACCUGAAUAAUCAUCCCAGCACUAGGCGGGGACCAGGCCAUCAUGACCUCUUGGGUGAAUAGCUAGGAAUAAACCUGAAUAAAGAACUGAGCAC